AUGGGCGCCGUCUCGCUUUUUGCCUCACUUGCGUUCAUCGCUGUCGCCUGUGCUGUUGACACCUGUUCCAAGUCGGAUUGUCCGAAAAUGAGCACCUCUGAGAGAACCUUCAUCGCCGUCAAGCCUGAUGGAGUCCACCGGUACGUUUGGCAGCGAUAUUUAGGCCCUAGAAAGGGCGGUUUUAGGAUUACACAAAAAUUUAAUUAACAAUCCUUUUUCAGCGGACUUGUCGGCAAGAUCAUCGCUCGCUUCGAGGAGCGCGGCUUCAAGCUUGUUGCUCUCAAGCAACUGACCGCCUCGAAGGCCCAUCUCGAGGUAAGUCCAUCUACAUCCCGAGUAUUUUAGGCCAAACAACAAUAAUUUUUUAGGUUCAUUACCAAGACCUGAAGGACAAGCCAUUCUUCCCAGCUCUCAUCGAGUACAUGAGCUCUGGACCAGUCGUCGCCAUGGUCUGGCAGGGACUCGAUGCCGUCAAGCAAGGACGCAUCAUGCUCGGAGCCACCAACCCGCUCGCUUCCGCUCCAGGAACUAUCCGCGGAGACUUCGCCAUCCAAACCGGACGUAACAUCUGCCACGGAUCGGACUCGGUCGACUCUGCCAACCGCGAGAUCGCUCACUGGUUCAAGCAGGAGGAGCUCAACGACUACACCAGCGCCCUCAUCAACUCGUGGGUCUACGAAUAA